GGUAUCUCAUAGGAUCUCCCUCACGCCUCAAGAAAAAAAUGCUAGCUGGCGUGAGCAGGUGCACGGCCGUGAGCGGGCGUACUCACGGCCUUGUGGCGGCGGUGGCUUGGCAGCAGUUUGGACAGCGCGCGUCCAGCAAUGACGUGAACACCUUCAGAGAUACCGUCACGAUGCGGUUGCCGAACGGAGUAAAGCAAAGUCCAGGACUGUUCAGCCCCGAGGAGGUGGAGGGACGAGUGAAUCGCCUGCGUCAUCACAUGGAGCAAGAGGGUCUGGCCGCCUGCCUUUUCACCUCCAUCCACAACGUCAACUAUUACACAGGAGGGUUCACCUACUGCGCCUUCGGACGACCUUUCGGUCUGCUGGUAACACCUGAAAAGCACGUAACCAUAUCACCACUGAUUGACGGCGGGCAGCCCUGGCGACGCUCUCCACAGGACAACAUAAUCUUCACAGACUGGAAAAGAGAUAACUACUUCAGGGCUGUGGCAGAGGAGCUCGGGACAACCAAGGGCAAGGUGGGAGUGGAGGAGGACCACCUGAGCGUGGAGGGGCGGGCCAAGCUGCUGCACCACCUCCAGGGGACCACUCUCACUGAUGUGGCUCAGGCCGCCAUGAGAAUGAGAAUGAUCAAGAGCAAAGAAGAAAUUGCAGUUAUUAAGAACAGCACAGCCACAGCAGACGUAGGAGGGUGGGCGUGCGUUGAGGCGCUGGGCGAAGGAGUGCCGGAGUACGAAGUGGCCCUGGCUGGUACGCAGGCCAUGGUGCGCCGCAUUGCAGAGAUCUACCCUGACAGCGACCUUAUGGACUCAUGGGUGUGGUUCCAGUCUGGAAUAAACACGGAUGGUGGCCAUAACCCAGUCACCACCCGCAGGAUACAGAAGGGUGACAUCCUCUCUUGCAAUGCCUUCCCGAUGCCACAAGGGUAUUAUACUGCAUUGGAGAGGACCUUCUUCUUAGAUCACUGCAGUGAUGCGCAUCUCAAGGUGUGGGAAGGCAAUGUUGCAGUUCACAAGCGAGGGCUGGAACUCAUUCGUCCAGGAGCCAAGUGUUCAGAAAUUGCCCAGGAACUGAAUGAACUCUACGCCCAGCUUGGUCUCCUCAAGUAUCGCAUGUUCGGCUAUGGCCACUCCUUUGGGGUGUUGUGUCAUUACUACGGACGUGAGGCAGGUCUUGAGCUGCGGGAGGAUAUUGACACAGUGCUGCAGCCUAACAUGGUGGUGUCAAUGGAGCCUAUGGUGACUGUCCCCGAGGGACAACCAGGAGCAGGGGGAUACCGGGAACAUGACGUCCUGGUAAUCAAUGAUGAUGGAUCAGUUGAAAAUGUAACAGGUUUCCCCUUCGGACCAGAACACAACAUCUUCAAGAAGUAAAGAGAUUAACUAAACCCUUCUGAUGCUGUAGGAUUCUCUUGGGAAGAGAAUUACUGAGGAUUUUUAAAACUGAUUUACAUGUAUCACACACACACACACACACACACACACACACACACACACACACACACACACACACACACACACACACACACAUACACAUUAUGGAUGCAUUACAUAAAAGUGUUGAGAUGUAAGAUCUAACUAAACUUAGUGAACUGCCAAUACUAAAACAGAAGAUAGCAGACUUGCUAUAACCAUUAGGUAAACCUAGCUUUAUGGGGGACCAUUAGCAUUGAAAGAGACAAGGAGUAAUGUCAAUAAUUAAUUUUUAUUAAAAGUAAAUUAUCAGUUUUGAGAAAUGCAGUACCACUGUCUGUUUUUUUGGUAAAAAUUAUGUAUAUACAUCUGUCUACAUGCCUUACAUAAGUUAUCUUAAAUAUUAUUUCUAAGAAAUUAAGAUCAUUCCCAGAAAUCACUGUUAAACUAUACACAUAUAUGCACAAUUCCUUCUCACAGCUAUUGGUGAACAUGACCAAUAUUUUAUGCAUACAAUAAUAAAAAUUUGACAAGUGGCUUUA